AUGGCAUGUCGCAUGUUUGUGGGCGAGCCGUACGACGGCAAACUCAUGGUGGAGGUGGUUGUGGCUGGUUUGCAGCAGCAGCAGCAGCAGCAGCUGUUCAAGUACCGACCAACAAGUGCGUUCUAUCUCCUGUCGAAAGUGAAGGUGGUGGAACAUGAGAACAGCGUCAAAGAGAUGAACGCAGUUAGCCUCUGA